GUUGACUAGAUGAAGCGUUGGGAUUUGUGAGUCACGUUUCCUCAGUUUUAAAUGAAAUUGAAUUAACGCGGGGAAUCCAAUAAAUCACCUCCCUAACAAUUGGGUACGACGAAAGAUUAAUAGAGAGUAUUUAUAUUGAACCUUAGUGGAGAAAAAUGGCGAUGGCGGGUUUAUAUCGACGAGUUCUUCCUUCUCCUCCUGCUAUUGAUUUUGCUUCUAAUGAAGGAAAGCAACUUUUUUUGGAGGCCAUCCAGAAUGGAACAAUGGAAGGAUUUUUCAAGUUGAUCUCUUAUUUUCAGACACAAUCUGAACCAGCCUACUGUGGUUUGGCUAGCCUUUCCAUGGUCUUGAAUGCCCUUGCUAUUGAUCCAGGACGAAAAUGGAAAGGGCCUUGGAGAUGGUUUGAUGAAUCAAUGCUGGACUGCUGUGAGCCAUUGGAAAAGGUUAAAGCUAAAGGGAUCUCCUUUGGGAAAGUGGUUUGUUUGGCUCACUGUGCAGGAGCCAAGGUGGAAGCUUUUCGCUCUGAUAAAAGCACCAUUGAUGACUUCCGCAAAUAUGUCAUGGCUUGCACUACUAGUGAUAAUUGUCAUCUGAUCUCAUCAUAUCAUCGAGGCCUUUUUAAACAGACAGGUUCAGGACACUUUUCACCUAUUGGUGGGUAUCACGCGGAAAAGGAUAUGGCACUGAUUCUAGAUGUUGCAAGGUUUAAAUAUCCCCCUCACUGGGUUCCCCUCCCUCUCCUUUGGGAAGCCAUGAACACAAUUGAUGAAGCUACAGGAUUACAUAGGGGGUUUAUGCUAGUUUCUAAGCUUCAUAGAGCUCCUGCACUGCUAUAUACCCUGAGCUGUAAACAUGAAAGUUGGAUCUCUAUCUCAAAACAUUUGAUGGAUGUUCUUCCUGUUCUGUUAAGUUCUGAGAAUGUGAAGGACAUAAGAGAUAUUCUCUCUACUGUUCUUUCAACUCUACCUUCAAAUUUUGCUGAAUUCAUAAAGUGGGUAGCAGAAGUUCGAAGGCAAGAGGAGAAUGGUAAAAAUUUGAGUGAAGAGGAGAAAGGAAGGCUAGCUAUCAAGGAAGAGGUAUUGAAACAAGUGCAGGACACUCCUCUUUAUAAGCAUGUCACAAGCAUUUUAUUUUCAGAAAAUUCUAUCUGCCAGCUAAAAGAAGCAAUGGACAGCAGUUUGGCCGAUGUUGCUGCGAGCAUUUGCUGCCAAGGAGCAGGCCUUUUUUCAGGAAGAUCUGGUUCAUUGGAUAGGUUUUGCUGUCGUCAAACAUGUGUUAGAUGCUACAGAGCUACCGGGGACAAUCCUGCUACAGUGGUGUCUGGGACAAUUGUAAAUGGGAAUGGGGAGCAGAGGGUUGAUGUUCUGGUCCCUACAUCUCAAGCAAAGACUAGCUGCUGUCUUCCGGGGCAAGAUGGUUGCUUACAGAUGCACCCUGGAAGCAAUGAUGUGCUGACUGCACUAUUGCUGGCAUUACCUCCACAAACAUGGUCUCACAUAAAAGAUAUGAAGGUCUUGCAGGAAAUAGAGAACCUUGUCUCAGCAGAGAACCUGCCUCCUUUGCUGCAAGAAGAGAUUUUGCACCUGCGAGGGCAGUUCCUCCUCCUUAAGAGAUGCAAGGAUAACAAGUUAGAAGAAGAUUUGACUGCACCUCCCUUUUAGCUUGCUCUCCUAUGUUAUUAUAUAUACGUUGUUCUGAUGCGAGAUUCAAACCAAAUCACUGUAAUUCCUAGGACUUAAAAUUCAUCUUAAGCUGCAGGACGCAGAUGUCCUACUUUCUUUCGUUUUUAUAGGUUUAGUAAAAUCAAGAGCCCUAAGGCAUCCCUUGGAGCUAGAAACUCUUUAUGGAGAUUCAUUUGGUUUUCGCUCUUUAAUAAAAUGCAUCCCAUGAAGAAUGAGAGGGUCUUUGAUCUAUCCAGGAGAGUCAGGUUCAUUGGUUAGCUGUGGGGGUACCUUACACAUAAUAUGAGAAACCCUGCUCUAAAGCUUUUAUGUCCUGCAAGUGACUGGGUGGAUUCUGACUUACAUCUUACUUGAUCAAGACUUCAUUGUAAUAUGCCGCAUCUUCUACCUAUAGUAGUUUACUGACAAGCGCUGAAGGAACAGUUCAUAAAUGUGUUGACAUCCUCAUUUCUCUCUGAAACAGUAUAGCAUAAGCUGCAGUUCAUUUUCU